CUUGAAAUGCUGAAAAUAAUUGCGAAUUCACGUGCAGUCGGUCGCUUGUCCGGGUUAAUUCCAACGUCAGCAGCGCUUAGCCAGAGAUAUAUACAAAUCGACCGGAAGCGAACGAAAGCCAACAUGUCCCAGUACGAGACCGUGGAGAAGGGCGCCCGCAACUCGCCGAGUUACAGCCUGUAUUUCAAAAAUAAGUGCGGCAAUGUCAUCUCGCCGAUGCACGACAUUCCACUGUACGCCAAUGAGGAGAAGACCGUCUACAACAUGGUGGUGGAGGUGCCACGUUGGACCAACGCCAAAAUGGAGAUCAGUCUGAAGACCCCGCUGAACCCCAUCAAGCAGGACAUUAAGAAGGGCAAGCUGCGUUACGUGGCCAAUUGCUUCCCCCACAAGGGCUACAUCUGGAAUUAUGGCGCCCUGCCUCAGACCUGGGAGAAUCCCGACCACAUUGAACCCUCCACGGGCUGCAAGGGCGACAACGAUCCCAUCGAUGUGAUCGAGAUCGGUUACCGUGUGGCCAAGCGCGGCGAUGUGCUGCAGGUCAAGGUGCUGGGCACCAUUGCGUUGAUCGACGAGGGCGAGACCGACUGGAAGAUCAUUGCCAUCGAUGUGAAGGACCCGCUGGCGUCAAAGGUUAAUGAUAUUUCCGAUGUGGAUCAGUACUUCCCGGGCUUGCUGCGUGCCACCGUCGAGUGGUUCAAGAUCUACAAGAUUCCCGAUGGCAAGCCAGAGAAUCAAUUUGCCUUCAAUGGCGAUGCCAAGAAUGCGGACUUUGCCACCACCAUCAUUGCUGAGACCCACAAGUUCUGGCAGAACUUGGUUCACCAGAGCGGCACUUCCAGCACAAUCUCUACUACCAACAUCACCAACCGGAACUCGGAGCAUGUUAUCCCCAAGGAGGAGGCUGAGAAGCUCCUGGCCGAUGCCCCCGAGGGCGGUCAGGUGGAGGAGGUGCUAGACACAGCCGACACUUGGCAUUUCAUUCACCUCAAGUAGGGUGAUGCCGCUCCGUGAUGAGUCCGCUGCAAGGUCAUCGGUAUAUAUAUAUCGUAGUGUUAUCGAAUUGGAGAUUUUAAUGCACUUGUGAAUCAUUGAUAUUGGAAUUGAAUAAAGCCCUGCACUUAAACGCAAUUAAA